GAGGGUGUUUCGCUGGGGAAUUUGCGAACGGAAGCCUAUAUUGCAUUUUUGCCUUUAAAAAAAAUAAAUAUUGAGCUUUUUGUGCAUUUUGCGAUGAAAACAUAGCAAGGGAAACGCAAAGUGAUUCAAAAUGAAUGACGAAGAUCGUAUGAGAAAUGAAAUCCUGUCCAUGCAGGAACGUGGGGACCAAAUAACUGAUGAGUCAUUGGAAGCUACUCGCCGUAUUUUGGGUACAGCAGAAGAGACACAAGAUGUCGGCAUCCGCACACUUGUUAUGCUUGAUGAACAAGGGGAACAACUGGACAGAAUCGAAGAAAAUUUGGAUGAAAUAAAUGUUGAUAUGAGAGAGGCAGAAAGAAAUCUCACAAACCUAGAAAAAUGUUGCGGAUUAUGCGUUUGUCCCGGACGAAGAGCUGCAAGUUUUGAAAAAUCUGAUGCAUACAAGAAGGCAUAUACUCCAAAUACAAGAGAUGUCGUCACAAAACAACCAGGUGGCUCAGGUGACAACCGACAGCAGAAAGGUGGCGGCUCAGGUGGAUUUGUACAGAGAGUCACAAAUGAUGCAAGAGAGGACGAGAUGGAUGAAAAUUUGGGGCAAGUCAGUGAUAUUGUUGGUAAUCUAAAAUCCAUGGCAAUUGAUAUGGGAAAAGAAAUUGACACACAGAAUCACCAAAUUGAUAGAAUCAAUGCAAAGGCUGAAUCAAACGAUGUUCGUAUCGGAACUGCAAACCAGAGAGCUCGACAUAUCUUACAGAAUGCUUGAAGAUUAUACGGACGCACUUUCGAAAGUGUUACAUGUAAAAGAAAUUGAUUGUAUUUAAAUUUCACAAUUGGCCAACUACAUAACGGUUAGUCACAAUUUACUAAUUAGUCUAAUUAAAAUGCUUGGUGUAUUUUUGAUAUGUUUUAUAAACAUUUGACAAUGAUUGCUGGUCAAUGAAUUUUAGCUCUAAAAAUGUUAUGUACUCACUAAAUUUCUGCUUGUAAUACAGUGUAAUAUAU